CCCGCCGGGAGUUGUAGUUUGCGCGCCGCUGCGGCGCGGCGGGAGCAGCGCCGGGAGGCCGCGCGCUGCCCGGGUGGCCCCGGGUAUGGCGGAGGCGGCUCCGUGAGGGCUCCUCAAAAAUGACCUCUGGCCACUGCGUGCCGUCGUUCUUCCGUGUGGGUUUCCCUGACCGUCGCCGCUGCCGCUCCGGGCUCCUUCAAGCAGCAGAACUGAAAGCCUCACAAGACAGCGAUGGCUUUUUCUCUAGAAUUUGAAUAUGGAGGCCACGGGGACAGAUGAAGUAGAAAAGAUCAAAUCAAAGUUUAUGUCUGCAUGGCACAACAUGAAAUACAGUUGGGUGUUGAAAACAAAAACUUACUUCAGUAGGAACUCUCCAGUCUUUCUGCUGGGAAAAUGUUACCACUUCAAAACUGAGGAAUCUGGAGAGCUCUCUACAGAUGGGUCCAAUUUUGAUAAAAUCAACACUGAGAUUUCGGGGAACGUCGAGGAGUUCCGCAAAGAUUUCAUUUCUAGAAUCUGGCUGACCUACAGAGAGGAAUUCCCUCAGAUCAAAGGCUCUGCUUUAACCACAGACUGUGGCUGGGGCUGCACGCUCAGAACGGGGCAGAUGCUGCUGGCUCAGGGUCUGAUGCUUCACUUCCUUGGGAGAGCCUGGGUGUGGCCAGAAGCUCUGGACAUGGACAGCUCUGACUCGGAGUCCUGGACCAGCAGCACUGUGAGGAAGCUCACGGCCUCCUUCGAGGCGUCGCUCACGGCCGAGAGGGACCCCAAGAUCCUGCCCCAGCCCCAGCGCGGCCCAGCGAGGAGGGACUGGGAUGUCACCGAGAUGAGGAAUGAAGUUUAUCACAGGAAAAUCAUCUCCUGGUUUGGUGACUCUCCACUGGCAGCCUUUGGGCUGCACCAGCUGAUAGAGUAUGGGAAGAAAUCCGGGAAGAUGGCGGGGGAUUGGUACGGGCCCGCCGUGGUCGCGCACAUUUUGAGAAAAGCUGUUGAAGAAGCGAGAGACCCUGAGCUGCAAGGAGUAACAGUCUAUGUUGCUCAGGAUUGUACAGUCUACAGCUCGGAUGUUAUUGACAGGCAGUGCUCUUUUAUGGAUUCUGGGAAAGCAGGCACAAAAGCUGUAAUUAUAUUGGUUCCUGUGAGACUCGGUGGAGAGAGAACAAACACAGACUACUUGGAGUUUGUAAAGGGAAUUUUAAGCCUGGAGUACUGUGUUGGCAUUAUUGGUGGCAAACCCAAGCAGUCCUAUUACUUUGCUGGAUUCCAAGAUGACAGUUUGAUUUACAUGGAUCCUCAUUACUGCCAAUCUUUUGUAGAUGUCAGCAUAAAGGAUUUCCCUCUUGAGUCAUUCCACUGUCCUUCUCCAAAAAAGAUGUCAUUCAAAAAAAUGGAUCCGAGCUGCACAAUAGGAUUUUACUGUAGGACUGUGCAGGACUUUGAGAAGGCUUCUGAAGAAAUCACCAAGUGUUUUACAUUGCAGAUGCUGAAAUCUUCAUCCAAGGAGAAAUAUCCCCUGUUUACUUUUGUCAAGGGUCAUUCUAAAGACUAUGACUUUGUUUCCAGUCCACUCCAUGAAGAAAAUGACCUUUUCUCCGAGGAUGAAAAGAAAAGACUAAAGAGAUUUAGUACAGAGGAGUUUGUCUUGCUUUAAGGACAUUUUACACAAGAGCAUCGGCAGCUGUCCAGGAGAACACUUGCCUUUUAACUAUAAAAAGCAUACCUGAAUUCCUCCCCCAGAAAGGCAAGCCUGUGCUGAGAUUGUUCUAUUUUCAUAAAGAUGAUAAUGUUUUAUAUGUUAAAAGUC